CCCAAAAACCCUCACACGUCGGUGAGUCACAACACACGGCACCAGCCUCCAUCAUCACAAGCAGUCACCCUUUUGAAAUAACAAUUCACGGAGAGAGAGAGAGAGAGAGAGAGAGCGAGACAGAGAGGGCAAUGGCGCAGUCGUUGGAGCUGUUGCUGAUACAAUUCUUGAUGCCGGACAACGACGCGAGGCGGCAGGCUGAGGAGCAGAUAAAGCGGCUGGCGAAGGACCCCCAGGUGGUGCCUGCGCUGGCGCAGCAUCUCCGCACAGCCAAGACCCCCAACGUGCGCCAGCUCGCCGCGGUGCUGCUGCGCAAGAAGAUCACUGGCCACUGGGCCAAGCUCUCUCCGCAACUCAAGCAGCUCGUCAAGCAGUCCCUCAUUGAGAGCAUCACCAUGGAGCACAGUUCGCCAGUGAGGCGAGCAAGCGCAAAUGUGGUGAGUAUCAUUGCAAAGUAUGCUGUUCCCGCAGGAGAGUGGCCUGAUUUGCUGCCCUUUUUGUUCCAAUGUAGUCAGAGUGCACAGGAAGACCAUAGAGAAGUGGCCCUGGUCCUUUUCAGCUCUUUAACUGAAACCAUUGGGAAUAGUUUUCAACCACAUUUCGCAGACUUGCAAGCUCUUCUAUUAAAGUGCCUACAGGAUGAAACUAGUAAUCGUGUUAGAGUUGCUGCUCUCAAAGCAGUGGGGUCCUUUCUAGAGUUCACUAAUGAAGGGGCUGAAGUGGUCAAGUUUCGUGAGUUCAUUCCUAGCAUUUUACAUGUAUCAAGACAAUGUCUUGCCUCUGGUGAGGAAGAUGUAGCUGUAAUUGCUUUUGAAAUCUUUGAUGAGUUGAUUGAAUCUCCUGCACCUCUUCUUGGGGAAUCUGUCAAAUCCAUCGUGCAGUUCUCCCUUGAAGUUUGCUCAAGUCAAAAUUUGGAAUCCAGCACACGUCAUCAGGCUAUUCAGAUAAUAUCAUGGCUAGCGAAAUACAAGUCCAAUUCCCUUAAAAAGCAUAAGUUGGUAAUCCCUAUCCUGCAAGUUAUAUGCCCAUUGUUUGCAGAGUCCACUGAUGGAGAUGAAGAUGAUGAUCUUGCACCAGAUAGAGGUGCUGCUGAAGUUAUUGACACUAUGGCUUUGAACCUCCCAAAACAUGUGUUUCCCCCUGUUUUUGAAUUUGCUUCUUUGAGCAGUAAGAAUGCAAAUCCAAAGUAUCGGGAAGCUUCUGUUACAGCUUUAGGUGUCAUUUCAGAGGGUUGUUUGGAGUCUAUGAAAAAGCAGUUGGAACCUGUUCUUCAUAUUGUCUUAGGGGCUUUGAGGGAUCCUGAACAAAUGGUUAGAGGGGCUGCAUCAUUUGCAUUGGGUCAAUUCGCUGAGCAUUUGCAGCCUGAAAUUGUAUCUCAUUAUGAAAGUGUUCUUCCCUGUAUCUUAAAUGCCCUUGAGGAUGCAUCUGAUGAAGUAAAGGAGAAGUCUUACUAUGCUUUGGCUGCAUUUUGUGAGAACAUGGGGGAGGAAAUCCUCCCUUUUCUUGAUCCUUUGAUGGGGAGAUUAUUGGCAGCCCUCCAAAGCAGCCCUCGAAAUUUGCAGGAGACAUGCAUGUCUGCAAUUGGUUCAGUUGCAGCUGCCGCAGAGCAAGCCUUCCUCCCAUAUGCUGAAAGGGUUCUAGAGUUGAUGAAAAAUUUCAUGGUGCUUACCAAUGACGAGGAUCUUUGUUCACGAGCAAGGGCUACUGAACUAGUCGGAAUUGUUGCAAUGUCUGUAGGGAGAAUGAGGAUGGAACCAAUUUUAACCCCUUUCAUCGAAGCUGCAAUUGCAGGUUUUGGAUUGGAGUUCAGUGAGCUUCGGGAGUACACCCAUGGAUUCUUCAGCAAUAUAGCAGAAAUUUUGGCUGAUGGUUUUGUGCAGUAUCUUCCUCAUGUGGUACCUCUAGCAUUUGCUUCCUGCAAUCUGGAUGAUGGCUCUGCGGUGGACAUUGAUGAGUCCGAUGAUGAAACUUUUAAUGGAUUUGGUGGAGUUUCAUCUGAUGACGAAGCUCAUGAUGAGCCAAGAGUACGUAAUAUCAGUAUAAGAACUGGAGUUCUGGAUGAAAAGGCUGCUGCUACUCAAGCUCUUGGAUUAUUUGCACAACACACAAAAAGUUCUUAUGCACCCUAUUUGGAGGAGUCACUGAAAAUUUUGGUAAGACAUGCUGGGUAUUUUCAUGAAGAUGUUCGGCUUCAGGCAGUCACAGCUUUGAAACAUGUCUUAACAGCGGCACAGGCAAUCUUCCAGAGUCAAAAUGAUGGACCAGCAAAGACGAAAGAAAUUUUUGAUUCCGUGAUGAAUAUCUAUAUCAAGACUAUGACUGAAGAUGAUGACAAGGAAGUUGUUGCUCAAGCUUGUAUGAGCAUAGCUGACAUCAUCAAGGAAUAUGGUUACAUGGCCAUUGAGCCAUAUGUGCCUCGGCUUGUUGAUGCUACUUUGUUAUUGCUUCGAGAGAAAUCCGUUUGUCAGCGAAUAGAAUCGGACAGCGAGAUUGAUGAUGAUGAUACCAAACACGACGAAGAUCUUAUGGAUGCAGUUUCUGAUCUUCUUCCUGCAUUUGCCAAGUCCAUGGGUUCUCAUUUUGCACCCAUCUUUGCAAACCUAUUUGAUCCUUUAAUGAAAUUCGCGAGAGCUUCACGGCCUCCACAAGAUCGGACCAUGGUGGUUGCUUGCCUCGCUGAAGUAGCUCAGGAUAUGGGUUCUCCAAUAGCAGACUAUGUUGAUCGGGUGAUGCCUUUGGUAAAGAAAGAACUAGUUUCACCUGAGGGAACUAAUAGAAGGAAUGCUGCAUUUUGUGUUGGAGAGCUGUGCAAAAAUGGAGGCGAGUCAACUUUGAAACACUACAAUGAAAUAUUACAUGGACUCUUCCCACUUUUUGGGGAUUCUGAGCCAGACAAUGCUGUCAGGGAUAACGCGGCUGGCGCAGUGGCAAGGAUGAUAAUGGUGCAUCCUGAGUCCAUCCCACUAAAUCAGGUCCUUCCCGUUUUCUUAAAGGUUCUUCCUUUAAAAGAAGAUCAUGAGGAGUCCAUGACAGUAUAUGGUUGUGUAUCUACUCUUGUUUUAUCAUCAAAUCCCCAGAUCCUCUCUCUAGUUCCUGAGUUGGUCAAUCUUUUUGCUCAAGUAGUGGUGUCGCCUGAAGAAACUUCUGAAGUCAAAGCUCUAGUGGGCAGAGCUUUCUCUCACUUGAUUUCUCUAUAUGGUCAACAAAUACAGCCCCUUUUGAGCAACCUUCCUCCUAUGCAUGCUAAUGCUCUAGCUGCAUUUGCCCAAAGAAGCUGAAAUCUAGUCAGAAUGUUACCAUAAUUUCCUGUCAUUUUGACUUGUUUGGUCAUCAAAUUUGUUUCUCGAACAUAAUUUUUUGUUAUCCCCUAUUCUUUAGUUGGAAGCUUGUGGACCCUGAAAGAAGAUUGACAUCUCUCUGAGGUUGUUGGUCCUGCUGCUUCCAGUGCCUUCUCUCCAUUUUUCCUGCUUGGAGACACUGCUUUUCUUCCAUUUUUACAACUGUCUUAAAAUAUUCAUAUCUUUUCAAUACAUAUUGUAUUUUAUUUGGUUU